UCGACGAUUGCUCAUUGCUUGAUGUAUCCGUGAACAGCAGUGAAUUGUGAACAGCUUUCAUCAGAUAAAUGUUUUUCCAUCUUACGUGAUAUUGUUAAAAAUAAAUAAUAUUAAUGUCGAACAGUAUUUAAAAAUUUCCGUCUCCAUUUGAUCAUGUGCACGACGAGUUUUAGAUCGUUCCACUAAAGUACGAGUACACGUACAUCGUCCUUAUCGAGGUGUACAUACAAAAAAAAAGUAUAUCGAGUAGGGGAGACAAUACCCGUAACUGUUUUUAUAAACGACGAAGCUAUUUAUUGAAGAGCGAAAAUGAGCUCAGGUUUCAUAUCAGAGGCUGAAAUCACCGAGCAACGGCGGAUGCGACAAGAGGAGUGGGAACGUGUACGAACUGCCGAUCAACCGUUAGAAGCUCCAGAGGAAACGUACGAUCCUAGAUCGUUGUAUGAGAGAUUACAGGAACAGAAGAAUAAACGAGACAUCGAGUAUGAGGAAGCUCACAAAUUAAAGAACAUGAUCAAAGGACUGGAUGAUGAUGAAGUAGAAUUUUUGGAUCUGGUCGACAGAACAAAAAUGGAGGAGGAACGUAAGAAGAAUCUUGAAGAGGAGAAGGAGAUGCGGGAUUUUAAAGCCGCAGUUGCUUCGCUUCAGGAACAAAAGUUAAACGAAAAAUUGAAACAGGAAUUGAAAAACCCACAUGUCAGUAGUAAAAGUACUGUUUCUGGAAGCAGCCGUUCGCAGUUAAAAUUGCCAGGUAUAGGCGUUGUGGUAAAACGAUCCGACAAGCAGAAGCAAGGAGAAGCCCAUAAAGGAAUUAAGAGGAAAACAUCCUUGUCUGAAAGCGAACCAACCGCUAAAGAAAUGAAAACCUCUAGCGAGGCAACGUCGGACGUCGUUCCUCCGGAUGCGGACAAGCAAAAUGAUAAGAACGUAUUGAAUAAGGUGAGCCAAGGGACUGGACUCAAGUGUAUCGGCAUAUUACCCGGACUUGGCACGUACGAGGAUUCUAGUGACAGUGAUUGCACUUCCGACACGGACCAGGAAACGGAACCAUCUUCCUCGAAAUACGACAUGUUAGGCCGAAAGAUAAAAACGUUGAAGGAUAAGGAAAAGAGCUGAAUGCCAUGGGUGUGUGUAUACACGUACAUAUCAGUAUUUGUAUGUAUGUGUGCAUGUUGAGGGAGGUGCUGUGAAUAUAGAAGGGGAAAAAAUUAUUGAGUUGUGAUUAAUCGCGUUUUAAUAAAAUACGUGGAUGCGUCACUAUUAGACUUAGCGAAUGUAUCCGCGAAUAUUAAUCUACUUGUCGUAACAUAAUCUCGUGGAUUAUAUUUAUCAGUUUUUUCGUUAAGAUAUUCGAGCGACCCGUUUGAAUAUUUUUCGUUCAGUCAGUUAUUCCUGCGUAUUACCGGUCUGCCUCAUUGCAAUUCCAGGUUAUAUUGUACAUACGAUCCAAUUGUAACGCAAUAGAAGGAUGAUUGAUUUUGUGAUUUCAUAAAAUUGCAAUAAAGUAUUGUGUCAUGUAAA